AUGAAGAUCUCUUCCGCUUGCUACACCCUGGGUUUGACCAGCCUAGUUGCUGCCGCCCCUCAAGUUCCAGCACCCCCAAGCGGCUCUCCUCCUCCCGUGCCUAGCUUCCCUGGGGGCUUCCCCAGCGGGCCCUUCCCCAGCUUCCCAGCACCUACAGGCGGCUUUCCUGGAUUCCCUGGUGGAGGAGCACCAACCCCUACUGGAGGCUUCCCUGGUUUCCCCAGCGGACCUUUCCCCAGCUUCCCAGCACCCACAGGCGGCUUUCCUGGAUUCCCCGGUGGAGGAGCACCAGCCCCUACUGGAGGCUUUCCCGGCUUCCCCAGCGGUCCCUUCCCCAGUUUCCCAGCUCCCACUGGAGGUUUCCCCCGCCCAUCGGUCAGCCGUGGACCCGUUCCCAGUUUUUCGCCCGUGCCCCGCCCCUCAAGGAGCCGCACCUUUGCCACCUCUGUUCGUCCGACUCCUGUCCCACUACCGAGACCUACACGUAGUGCACUGCCCGUUCCAGAACGACCUUCCCCUACGCCCAAUACUGAGGACGAUGAGUCGCAGUAG